AUGGCCCCACCCUUGGCGCGCGUGGCGGCGGUGCUGGGCACGCUGGUGGAGGGCGCCAAAGUCGAGUGCCUGGGCGGCCUAUGGGAGGUGGAGGAUAUGGUGAAACUUCAAGAUUGCCGUAUGUCAAAUCUUCUCAUGAUGGUAGGUGCACCGAAAGGCCAUUGGAAACCCUUGGGCCAUCCGGACUUUCUGGAGACCUGGGAUGGCGAGGUGGAUCGCUUCGACGUCGCUCCGACCCCGGAGCUCUUUUGGACCAAGUACCAUGCGGAGCGAAGGCCUUUUAUUGUGAAGGGCGCCGUGCUGGAUUCCCCUGCCAUCAACUGGACUGAUCAGUACAUCAUGGAGCACUUCGGCGAUGAGGUGGCGAAGGUGGAAUGGCGGAAUGAAGAUCGCCUCACAGACUACUGCGGGCAGAGCAUCAAGGGGAAAUUCAUCCAUUGUCCCAAGGAUACGAUCCCCUACGUGGAGUCCAGAACGAGCAUUCGGAACUUCAUCCGGCAGAGUUCGAAGGACCCGAACUGGGCGAAGUACAUCAUCUCCCAGAUGCCCGACGCCAUGGGCAAGGACUGGAAAGUUCCUGGGUUCUUCAAUUGCGGCAAGCGCUUCGAGGGUGACAAGAUGAGAGGGAAGCCCUGGAUGACUCAGAUGUAUGAGAACAACUUCUGGUAUCUUCGUGUACCUCCACAGAAGAUGGGCACCUCCACGAUCCAUUACGACAUGAAUCAUCAAGUGAUGUGCAUGUUUGCCGGGAAGAAGGAGUGGAUCAUGUGGGACCUGCGGCACGAAGCUUCCAAGAUCCCCAUGUGGAACGAGUACUUCCGACCCAACGGCAGGCCACAAGGCUCCGACGACUCGCCCAUCGACGGGGAACGUGUCGAUCUGAAACGCUGGCCGCAGUUUGCGAAGGCGCACUGGAGGAACACGACCAUCGAAAAGGGUGAUUGCCUCUAUUUACCUGCGCACUUGUUACACUACGUCAGAUCGUGGAGUGACGAUGCAGAUGACCCACGGAUUAUCGCCCUGAUGACCAUGUUCCAGAGCGAAGUGCGCUAUGAGCCCAGCAACUGCAUCGAUGCACCGGAGAAGGUCUUUCUGAGCGAGUACGACGUCCUGUGGGGCGAAUUCCCUGGAAGUUUGGAGGUGCCGCGGUGCAUGAACCACGUGAAGCCGCUUGGGCGAAGGAGGGCGGCCAGGAGUGAGGGCGCUCGUUUCAGAGCGAUGCAAGUCCCAAAAAUGUCCAACUGUGGCCAACAUUGUCCAACUGGUUCGUUCGGGAAGUAUACGUGGUUACUAUAA